CCCACUUUCACAGAAGAGGGAAGAAAGCAAACCACAGAUCCUGGGGCUAAAAUGAGGUGCAUGAACUCAAAUGGAGCUCCAGAAGAAAUCCCCAUGUUUUAUGCCAUACUCUUGUUGGCUUAUUAAUGCGGGACAGCAAGGCUAAUCACUGCUUUUGCAAAGUCACUUCUAAAAAGUGGCUUCUAAAAAUAUUUCAGCUGCCCUCAUAAAAGAUACUUGGAAUUAUAUAACAUACAGAAGAAAUGGGUGGAUAUUGAAAUAAAUCACAAUAACAAAAGCAGCAAAGAAGAAGACAACCUACUUACCUGCAGGAAGGAACAUUACAACUCACCUGAGCAGAGCAUCACCACCUAGUGGCUGUCUUGAGGAACUGCACUUCUGCCACACCAGCUGAAAUUUGAUGUGCCGAUUGCUUGCUGUGGUCCAUCGCCAUCCUUUGCUAGUAAAUGUCAUUGCUUAUGGGACCCUGUUCUCUGCAGCAGAUGUGGCCCAGCAGGUGUUGUCUAGGCCCCAUUGGCAUCACCUUGGGCACGAUGCUUUGGAUCUGAAGCAGACAGCCAAAGUAGCAUUAGUCGGGUUUACUUUCCAUGCCAACUUCAACUACAUUUGGUUCCGAAGCCUGGAGCGCUUUCUUCCAGGAAGAAAUGCUGCCAAGGUGAUGGCAAAGGUUGCUUGCGAUCAGGCCAUAGCUGCCCCUAUCACCAUUGGAGCAUUUUACACAGGCCUGUCUCUCCUGGAUGGGGAACCUGACAUCUUUGAGAAGUUACGGGAGAAGUUUUGGCCAUCUUACAAGGCUGGGGUGCUGUGCUGGACUUUAUUCCAGGCCGUGAAUUUUAUGCUGGUACCUCCGGUGCUGCGCACAGCCUACGUGGGUGCCUGCUCCUUUCUGUGGACAACUUUUCUGUGCUACCUGCGCCAAAGCGAUCCCCCUGAUGCCAUAUUCCAGCUCUUCCGGGCGCUUCCAGGGUUGGGUUGGCUGUACCCACAGAUGGCAGGAGAGAAUCCAGGGAAUGGGCCUUCUGAAAAAUAACAAUGGGUCGUCCUGAGUCCUGCUGUGUCCCCCGUCCUUAGUCCCCAGAUUGUAGGUACAUGAUUUCUACAAACAACAUAAGCUACUGUUGUACUCAGAAUAAA